AUCGUGCCUACGGUAAACGCUGGGUAGCCAAGUGCGGAGAGGAUAACUGCUGAAAGCAUAUAAGUAGUAAGCCCACCCCAAGAUGAGUGCUCUCUCCUCCGACUUCCCUAGAGCCUCCGGUAUCACAGCCGAGACAGCGACGGGUUCUCCACCCAUACGGGGAUGGAGCGACAGAAGUAUGGAAAUAGGAUAAGGUAGCGGCGAGACGAGCCGUUUAAAUAGGUGUCAAGUGGAAGUGCAGUGAUGUAUGCAGCUGAGGCAUCCUAACGAACGAACGAUUUGAACCUUGUUCCUACACGGCCUGAUCAAAUCGAUCAGGCACUUGCCAUCUAUCUUCAUUGUUCAACUCUUUGAUGAAAAGAUGAAAAAACCAAAAAAAAGCCCUGCCCUUCCAUCUCUUGGAUAGAUAGAGAGGGAGGGCAGAGGCCUUUGGUGUCCCUUUCAGUCAAGAAUUGGGGCUUCACAAUUACUAGCCAAUAUUUAUCUCAUGCCUUUCCUCGUUCAUGGUUCGAUAUUCUGGUGUCCUAGGCGUAGAGGAACCACACCAAUCCAUCCCGAAUUUGGUGGUUAAACUCUACUGCGGUGACGAUACUGUAGGGGAGGUCCUGCGGCAAAAUAGCUCGAUGCCAGAAUGAUAAAAAGCUUAACACCUCUUAUUUGACUUUUUCACUAUUUUGAAAUAAGAAAAAGAUCCAAAUCUAAAAUGCAAAGAUCGUCUUAUUCAAAACCUCAAUCAUCACAUCCCCUCUCUCCCACUUCACACCUCGGAACGCACUGUUCUUAUAGAGAGAAAGGCGCUUUCCCAUCUUCUUAACCUGAAAUGAAGGGGUACCCCCGGGAAGAGAUCCAGUGGAGACAGCUGGGCCUGUAGCUCAGAGGAUUAGAGCACGUGGCUACGAACCACGGUGUCGGGGGUUCGAAUCCCUCCUCGCCCACAGCCUUCCAAAGGGGGAAGGGCCUUUACUUUCCCCCUGAGGGUAGGAAAAUCAUGAUCGGGAUAGCGGACGUAAAGCUAUUGAACUUAGGUAUGCUCUUUCCUUUUGUCGAAGUGGAAUCGUAGAACAGAAUGUGAUACGAUGAGAUAGAAUGCAAUAGAAAUAGAAACAAGGAUAGCGAACGGGUUACCUACUCCUAAGGGUCAAAGCAAGCCCUUUAAUUCAAUUCUUUAUUCUUACAUUAAAAUUCUUACAUUAAAGAAUGAAUAAAAUCUCCCCAAGUAGGAUUCGAACCUACGACCAGUCAGUUAACAGCCGACCGCUCUACCACUGAGCUACUGAGGAACAAGGGGGGAUUCGACCUCCUAGAGUUCAACUCCCGCUCUCAACCCAUGAACAAUAUGAGUCCGAAGCUUCUUUCGUAACUCCCAUAAUUUCUUCGUAGUGGCUCCGUUCCAUGCCUCAUUUCAUAGGGAAGCCCAAAGUGGCUCUAUUUCAUUCUAUUUCACUUCCUAGCACUUCCUAUCAUUUAAUAUCCAUCCCUUUGGUCUUAUUGACAUAAGAGAUGUCAUUUAUAGUCUAUCUCUUUCUAUAUAUGGAAAGUCAAGAAAUUCUCAUCGAAACAUCGAGAAAUUGUGCAUAUAGAAAACUCUAAAGAAAGAAAAAAAGGAGACCCAUGCCAUGAUUUUCAAAUCUUUUCUAUUUAGUAGUCUAAGUUUCUCGAUGAGGAUAAUUAAUUCGGUCGUUGUGGUCAGACUCUAUUAUGGAUUUCUGACUACAUUCUCCAUAGGUCCCUCUUAGAUCUUCUUUCUCCAAUCUUGGAUUAGGGAAGAAGGAGAUAUUUGCGACUACUGGCGGUUUCAUUAUGGGGCAGCUCAUGAUCUUCAUAUCGAUCUAUUAUCCACCUCUGUAUCUAUUCUUUCUUAGCUAAACAGGUGGAAGAUCUAUCCAAUUUGGUUAUAUUAUAUCAUGGACUCGAAAAACGGAUCUGAAUUUGACUGAAAUGCACGAUCUUCACAGGUAUCACUUUUCACGAUACCUAAAAGGUGGAAUAGCGAUUUUCGAACCAUUUCCUAUAAGAGAAUGGUUUCCAUUACUUUGAGAAAUGGAUUCUUAUAUCAAACUAUAGCUAUUGCAUUAAAGAAGAAAAGAAACUAAUAGAAGUCGAAGACGCGGAAUGAUAGUGAAUAGAGAGAAAGAUUCUUCUGAUUUUCUUGUUCCUGAAAAUAUUCUAUCUAUCUACUAGACGCCGUAGAGAAUUUAGAAUAUUUAUGUCUUUCAAUUCUCGUACUCGUAAUUGGAAAGUUAUGGAAGGAGACCCAUCAUUUUGCAAUGAAAACAACAUAUAAAACUCUGGACAAUUUCGAAAUCAGGCCAAGCGUCUUAAUACAUAUGCAAAAAAAUUCAUUAUUGGCCCACCAUUGAUUAGAAGAUUUAGCUUGUAUGAAUCGCUAUUGGUUUGAUACGAAUAAUGGCAAUCGUUUCAGUAUGUUAAGGAUACAGAUGUAUCCACAAUUCAUUUAGAGUUACUUAAUAGUCUAUUUCUUAUACCAUAUCUCUAUCCCGUGAAAUUCUCGAGCCAAAAGAUGGAUGCCUAUGCUGUGUUUCAUUUUGCUAAAUGAUAUCAAUUAAAUGGUGUAUCAAUUCCAUAAAUUGCAUAUAGCAAUAAAUAAAUCAGCAAAAUUCUUUCUACUAUAUUUAGAUAGAAGAAACAUUUCUUCUAUCUAAAAUAGUAGAAAGAAUGUACCCUUCUAUCCAAAUCCAAUUUGCAUCGAUAAAAAAAAUCCAAAUUCCAGUAGUAGAUGAAUAAUUGCAAAUUUGUGUGUGUACGAGAUUAGAAUAACUUCAAAAUAACUGACAUAAUUUUUUAUUUUUCCUGAUCAGAAAAAUACAUGAAAAAGAAAGGAGGUAGAAAAAUUUUAGGAUUUAUGGUUAAAGAAGAAAAAGAAGAAAACAGGGGUUCUGUUGAAUUUCAAGUAUUCAGUUUCACCAAUAAGAUACGGAGACUUGCUUCACAUUUGGAAUUACACAAAAAAGAUUUUUCAUCGGAAAGAGGUCUACGAAGACUUUUGGGAAAACGUCGACGUUUGCUGGCUUAUUUGGCAAAGAAAAAUAGAGUACGUUAUAAGAAAUUAAUCGGUCAGUUGAAUAUUCGGGAGCAGUAAUUUAAUCCUUCAAAUUUUUUUCUUGUUUUAUUAUUUUUUUAGUAGUCUUUAUAGUAGUCUUAGAUUUUUCAUUUUGAUGAGCCUCACUUUGAGGAAUUCAUGGAAUAAUCCAUUUUCAUGGAAUAAUGAAUUAAGGAAGAAAGGAUAUGAGUCUACCGCUUACAAAAAAAGAUCUCAUGAUAGUCAAUAUGGGCCCUCAACACCCAUCAAUGCAUGGUGUUCUUCGACUGAUCGUUACUCUUGAUGGUGAGGAUGUUAUUGAUUGUGAACCCAUAUUAGGGUAUUUACACAGAGGAAUGGAAAAAAUCGCGGAAAACCGAACGAUUAUACAAUACUUACCUUAUGUAACAAGAUCUAACAGUUCAAGUACAGUUGAUAUAGUUGAAGCACAGUCAAAAUAUGGUUUUUUUGGAUGGAAUAUUUGGCGUCAGCCUAUAGGCUUUCUGGUUUUUUUAAUUUCUUCUUUGGCAGAAUGUGAAAGAUUACCCUUUGAUUUACCAGAAGCAGAGGAAGAAUUAGUAGCAGGUUACCAAACUGAAUAUUCCGGUAUCAAAUAUGGUUUAUUUUAUCUUGUUUCUUACCUAAAUUUAUUAGUUUCUUCUUUAUUUGUAACAGUUCUCUACUUGGGCGGGUGGAAUUUCUCUAUUCCCUAUAUAUCCUUUUUUGAUUUUUUCCAAAUGAAUAAAGCAGUUGGAAUUUUGGAAAUGACAAUGGGUAUAUUUAUUACAUUAACUAAAGCUUAUUUAUUUCUCUUCAUUUCUAUCACAAUAAGAUGGACUUUACCAAGGAUGAGAAUGGAUCAGUUAUUAAAUCUUGGAUGGAAAUUUCUUUUACCUAUUUCCCUGGGCAAUCUAUUAUUAACAACCUCUUCUCAACUUGUUUCACUAUAAAUAAGAUAAUACAAUAAUAGAUAGUAAGAAUAUUUUCAACACAAAAGCUCUCCCAAACAAGAGAAAGAAACAUAUCUUUUUCAUAGAUAUUUAGAAUGAAUAUGUUCCCUAUGGUAACUGGGUUCAUGAGUUAUGGUCAACAAACAAUACGUGCUACAAGGUACAUAGGUCAAAGUUUCAUAACUACCUUAUCCCACACAAAUCGUUUACCUAUAACGAUUCACUACCCUUAUGAAAAAUCAAUUACACCAGAGCGUUUCCGAGGGCGAAUCCACUUUGAAUUUGAUAAAUGUAUUGCUUGUGAAGUAUGUGUUCGCGUAUGUCCGAUAGAUCUACCCGUUGUGGAUUGGAGAUUUGAAAAGGAUAUAAAAAGAAAACAAUUGCUUAAUUAUAGUAUUGAUUUCGGAGUUUGUAUAUUUUGUGGCAAUUGUGUUGAGUACUGUCCAACAAGCUGUUUAUCAAUGACUGAAGAAUAUGAACUUUCUACCUAUGAUCGUCAUGAAUUGAAUUACAAUCAAAUUGCUUUAAGUCGGUUACCAAUCUCCAUAAUGGGAGAUUACACAAUUCAAACAAUUAGGAAUUCGUCUGAAAGUAAAAUAAACGAAGAAAAAUCUUCGAAUUCAAGAACGAUUACUGAUUACUAAACUUUGAUUUUGUCUUUUUGUUAUAAAAAUCUACUAAUUCUUUAUUAAACUAUAAAGAAAAACGAAUAACUACUGCUUAUUGGAAAUUUUUUCUUAUUUUAAAUCAGACUAGAUUUUGAUGAUAUAAUAUAGUUUAUAACUAUACAGUUUAUACACAAAAAAUACCCUAAUCCCUUUUUCCUUCCUCGAAUCCUUUAGUUUUAGUCAGUUCAUGAAAAAUUUUAUACUAUUAAUUUCUUUUUAUCCAUAAUGGAUUUACCUGGACCAAUACAUGAGAUUCUUAUGCUAUUUGGGGGAUUUAUUCUUCUACUAGGGGGUCUAGGAGUAGUAUUACUUACCAACCCCAUUUAUUCUGCCUUUUCGCUGGGAUUAGUUCUUGUUUGUAUAUCCUUAUUCUAUUUUUUAUUAAAUUCCUACUUUGUAGCUGUCGCACAACUUCUUAUUUAUGUGGGAGCCAUAAAUGUCUUGAUCAUAUUCGCUGUAAUGUUCGUAAAUGGCUCAGAAUGGUCUAAAGAUAAGAAUUAUUGGACUAUUGGAGAUGGGUUCACUUCACUCGUUUGUAUAACUUUUGUUUUUUCACUAAUGACUACUAUCCCAGAUACGUCAUGGUAUGGAAUUCUUUGGACUACAAGAUCAAACCAAAUAGUAGAACAGGGUCUCAUAAAUAAUGUUCAACAAAUUGGAAUUCAUUUAGCAACCGAUUUUUAUCUUCCGUUUGAACUCAUUUCCAUAAUUCUUCUAGUUUCUUUAAUAGGUGCAAUUACUAUGGCUCGGCAAUAAGAAAACUUAGAAAAAGUAAAAAUUAUAAGAAUUGCAAAUCUAAAAUAAAUAACUAAAGAAUCACAAUUUUGAUUUAGUAAAACCCAUCUACUGCCAACAAAUACCUCCUUUCUUUUCUCUUUUGUUGUGUAAUUGUUCUAUUGUAAUUAAUUGAAUCGGUUCAAUUCUUUGCCCUCAUAUUGAAAUGAAUCGAGAUUGAUAAGGAGUUAGUUAAUGAUGUUUGAGCAUGUACUUUUUUUGAGUGUCUAUUUAUUUUCGAUUGGUAUCUAUGGAUUGAUCACAAGCCGAAACAUGGUUAGAGCUCUAAUAUGUCUUGAACUUAUACUGAAUUCAAUUAAUCUAAAUCUCGUAACAUUUUCUGAUCUAUUUGAUAGUCGCCAAUUAAAAGGAGAUAUUUUCGCCAUUUUUGUUAUAGCCCUUGCCGCUGCUGAAGCCGCUAUUGGACUAUCCAUUCUUUCUUCCAUCCAUCGUAAUAGGAAAUCCACUCGUAUCAAUCAAUCUAAUUUAUUGAAUAAUUAGACUUUUUAAUAAUUAGACAUAAAAUCCUCUAAACAAAGGCGCACAUAUUAAAAUAAUAUAGAAAUCCAUACUAUUUUCUUAGUAUUAUUUGAGAAUAUCCUUUUUUUUUUAGUAAGUAGGUUAUUGCAUAGUAUUCUUUUUCACUUAAAUGAAUUUUUGUAUUUGUAAUUCAUUGAUAUUGCAAUAUUCAAAUUGCAAUAAUUUAUAUUGAAAAGACGAUAGCCAAUAAAAUAAAUUGGCUAAUUCGAAAUCGUCUGUACAAUUUGUAAAAUUCUUUCUUAUUGUUGAAGUCCAAAAUUCAAGUCUCUUGGCUCUUUUCACGCUUUCUCACAAACGGAUUAAAAAAUAGAUUUUUAAUUUUGAAGUUUGGAUAAACCAUUGCUUCGUCUGGUGUCUACAAUACAUAUGACUCAUAUAGUACUAAUUUUCUUUUUACCAGAUCGAAAAAUUUUAUGUUGAAAAGAAAAAUUUAUAGAUCCAAUGUCACAUUCCGUAAAAAUUUAUGAUACAUGUAUAGGAUGCACUCAAUGUGUACGAGCUUGUCCAACAGAUGUAUUAGAAAUGAUACCCUGGGAUGGAUGUAAAGCCAAGCAAAUUGCUUCCGCGCCGAGAACCGAAGAUUGUGUGGGUUGUAAGAGAUGUGAAUCUGCCUGCCCGACAGAUUUUUUAAGUGUCCGCGUUUAUUUAGGGCCUGAAACAACCCGUAGCAUGGCUCUAUCUUAUUGAUACGUUACAAAAA